GGCAUUGGUGAUGAUGGACUUCCAUAGCCUUCAAUCCCACAUACAAAUUAGCACCAUCUUUUCUGAAGCCAGUUAUUACAGCCAUCGAGUACUCUCUCUCUCUCUCUCUCUCUUUUUCUCUCUUUCUCUUUCUCUCUCUCUCUCUCUCUCUCUUUCUCUCUUUCUCUUUCUCUCUCUCUCUCUCUCUCUCUCUCUCUCUCUCUCUCUCUCUCCGUUCUUUUUCUAAUAUUUACCACCAUAUAUAUUUCUCCUCAGAUUUUUUGCCCAAAAAUCCACUUCUAGAUAGAGUAUCGUGUCUCGUUUACUUCCAAUAAUGACCAUCAAAGAGAUUCUCUGCACUAAACAACCACGGUCAUCUGUAUUCUGCAUAAAGUCUCUGGUCGUUUUUUUCCGUCUCCAUUUUCUAUUCAACUUUCCUCUUUGUAUCCCCACAACAAAGGACUACCACUUCCUAAGCCGCCCCUGCCCUCAUCCAACACCGUCCCCUUUCCCAGAAAGCCUAAAUAGCCCUUGUACUCAAUUGCUUUUACUCUUUGAGUUGCUUUGGGCAUGAAGAGCAGCCCAAACUGCGUAUAUCUCUUUGAAAUUUACAUUGAGAGACAGAUUUUCUUUCCAGUUCAUUUCAUCCACCUCAGGUCUAUACCAGUCGUUAUACUGACCAACGUACCAGGCCAUCCACACAUACCGGACAGUAACUAGAUAGCCCCAUCUUUAAUACUAUCUUCCUCCACUCAGAUAUAGAAUUCCCAUCUAUUGUAUCUGAUGUCUCCGUUAGCCUCCUAGAUAUUCCUGUCACUAUCAGUAACCUCUGUCCAUCUCUGUCUAUUACCAUCCCAUUGAUUCCAACUUCCAAUUUCCUUCCAGCUUCCGCUCAAUUUAGAUUAAAUUUACAAUUUCAUUCUCUCAGUUCCUACCACUUUGCAUACUGGGUACCAGCGCCACCCUUCAAUUGACUGAAACCUCAGUUGGUUGUGAAGCUGGCAAUAGGUCGGGUCAAAGUCAUCGACUGAGCUACCACAUUUUUUUUUUACUCUCCUAUUCAUCAAAUUCCACUCCCCUUCACCUUUCUCCCGGAAAUCCUUUCAGUAAACCACAAUCCUCUGUAACUUCAAGGAGAAUUUUUGAGAGAGAGAGAGAGAGAGAGAGAGCGCUUUUUUUACUGACUUGAACAACAAAGUGGUGACCGACGACAAUGGGAUGGCUGGUCCCAUGAUAGUGUGUUAGUCCUCCUACAACUAUAACAACUACACGAAUGACCAAUUAAUGGACUUUAAUUCUUAGUACUUCAAAUACUUCAAUGAUUUAUCUUUAUCAUCUCAAGGGAGAAUUUUAGAUGAGUACAAAUAAAACCUUACCUCAGCUCUCUCCUCCUAUACUACAGGUGCAAACACCAACACCCCAGGCCUGCGAAGGCUUAAGUUUGCCUAUACCACCUCAGCAAUCACAAAGCUAACCGACCUCUGCGCUGGAACAUCACUUGAGUACUAUAAAAAACACUCUACUUUGGUGUAAUUCUGUACUACUUUCUCUCCUUUAAGGAUCAUCUCAAAGAAAUAACUAAAUGAAAAGUCAGUUCCAUGGAAUAACAUGUAAAAUUACUAAGUCCUGAGGAGAAAGAAAAGAAAAUGUGUCACAAUCCACCGCGCUGGCCUUGUGUUAUUUCUUUACAGACUACCUAUGCCUUGUUUGAUGUAAUCAACCCAUGCCAAGAAUCUUGACCCAUCGUUGAACAACACCUAAUACAUGGUCACUGGCUGCUUGGAACCCACCAAAUCAAACGACCUACACUUUCUUGUUAGCACUGCCCCUCCUCUUACACCAGAUGAGAUGUUGUCAGUCUAAAUGAAGUGACAAAGGCUGUUAACAAAUGAAUGCCACUUCCUCCAUGAACGCCAGACUCGGAGCCCAGUGACUGAAAUCAACUGCCCAGAAUUUGCAUACAUAUCCAAAAUCAUCUCAGAAUAAUGCAUAGAACAAGAAAUAUGAUUUCCAUGAUCUCCCUGGAGUAAUAUUUGUGACUUUCGUACAACGGAAUGCACACACACUCAACCGGGCAAAUUGUUACCAUAACAACAAUUAUUAGACGUAACUAUAUAUAAACAUUCUUGCGAUUUCCGUUUAUAGCAAACGCUUCGUUACAAAUAUGAUUGCGCCUUAACAAAACUAAAGCAACUACGAAUCUCCAUAGUACGAAUCUUCGACAUAUCAAUCAAACCUCACACAACACCUAUAGAUUGGAGAAUGUUGUCUCUGUUAUCUAAAAGGACAGGAUGGCCACAGCCAGAAUGCUUUUUAUUAUAGGUUACUUAUUAUUGGUGAGGCAAAAAUCAGUGUUAAACAACAGUUCGAACAACGCUGUAGAUUCGCCUGCUAGAAAUAACAUACAGUGCCUCCUCAAAUCAUACCCUAUCGCCUUCGAAAUAGAACGAUACAUUAGAGUACAGACAGACAGACAGACAGACAGAUAGAGAGACAGAUAGAGAGACAGAUAGAGAGACAGAUAGAGAGACAGAUAGAUAGAUAGAUAGAUAGAUAGAUAUAUAGAUAGAUAGAUAGAUAGAUAGAUAGAUAGAUAGAUAGAUAGAUAGAUAGUAUAAUAUGGAUCUUUGUGUAGCUUUAGCAGAGUUCACAUUGUUGCCAACCAUUGAAGCCAGGUUUCCUGUUUGAAUAUAUAUUUUCCCUCUUUCCCACAAGUCUUGACUAAAAGACUUUUUUUAAAACCGAUUUCCAUGAGAACAAAGCUACGUAUUGGAAUGAUUGAUUACAAGGACGCUAAUUAAGACAGGAUUUGAUAAAACAAAACUCUGGGUGAAUGAAUAUUGGUGAGGAUAAGAGUAAUGGUCAAUUAGAUCACGAAAUCGUAAAUCUCUAAGGUUGUUGGAUGUUAUUUACUUUUUCCAAUGCAGAAAAUUGUUAAUCCAAUAUGAGAGGAGUACUAAGGCAUAGUUCUGGGGCUACUCUGAGGAUUUGGCAUGUCCCCUGUGUGUUGAUAGGAAGCCCUUAUUUGUUUCUAAUGUUUUGAAUUCUGUCACAUUUAAUUACAUUGUGUGCUUAUAUAAUUUAGUUAAUUUUUGGUUCAAUUAAAAACAAUUUAUAACGUUUGGAUAUCCAGUGAAA